UCUCCGAUGUCCAUACUGUAUGUGUUGUCAUCAUUUCCACAGACCCUAAAGUUUCCAGCAAAUGAAAGUCAAGGUCUUCCCACAGGGCUGUGUUCUCAUUAGUCCAUAUGUCCACUUUGUGGUUAUCUUAGUUCUGUCUGUGGUGCUGGUGUCAACUUUGUGCUGUAUGUGCAGUUCUGAAUGAGAUCCAUGUUGUUUUUGUGCUCCUAAUGAGAAGCAGAGUGAUUUAUUUAUGGAUUACCUAGCUGGAACAGCCCUAAUGCGCAGUGUGAGAGUGUACAUGAGUGUGUGUGUGCGUUUGUGUGUGCAUUUUACCUCUCUUGGAGUCAUGUCGCUCAGUAAUUGCUGAUGCAACUCUUUGUCAUCCAGGGUUUGCCCUCUCCUCCUGUGAACCUAUGGGAUGAGUUAUAUUCAUCUUGGCUUGUCCCUAUAGGAGAGAGGAAGGGGCUGUAAGCAUGAGUAUGUCAAAACGAGUGAAGGUGAAAGUAUAUUUGUGAAAGUUAAGCAGUGCAAAAAGAUGAAAAGGAGAGAAAGAAACAGAAAGAUGGAGAUGGAAAGAAAUAAAGGGAGAGGGAGUUGGUGUGUGUAUGUGAAUGUGUGAGAGGAGGCAGGUGUUAGCAUCCACUCCCAUGCUGGGAACAGCUAGGUUUGAAACCGCUCCACCUCAUUACCUUAUGCAGAGAAUAAUCAUCAUCACUAUACACCGAACUCAUCAAUAUAAAUCUUGCAUUGGACGAGAUCCAAAAGCACUUGGAGCUUUAGAGUCUUGGUGAAAGUAUGGGGCUAAUGAUGUGGUGUAUAGCAUGGGGUGAAAGAACAAGGAAUAGUUCUCCUAAACUCCUCAUGGAAGGUCACGUUAAAUACCGCGGUAAAGCUCCAGUCGAAGAGCAAAGGUAUAUCGUCGCCCUAUUAGUUUGAACAUCUUUGACCAUUCACCUUACAAAUAUCAAACAAACCGCUCCCAUUCUUGGAAGAACAUAACUGACACUGGAAGAACAAUGAAUAGUAUUAAAAGCAAUGAACCAACAUCUGGCACAUAAGCUCCUUUGGCAGACAGAGGGUCUCGAGCUGACAAUAGUUUAAAAUAUCACACACAGAGAAGUCCGGGGAAUAAUAGGUCCUUGAUGUGGUGGGGGCAAGGAGUGAGCUCUUUACUUUGAAGCUACCUUUGUGGAGUCACAAUUGCAAAUAUCAAUUUCAGCAGAUGAUCUAUAGUCUUGUCACAAAAAGGUGUUUCGUAUUAACCUAACGGCUGUCCGUUAGGAAGCUGUUGCAGCAUUUGGUGGCCACUGAGUUUAAAUUGGAUUGAACUAUGGAGAUUUAGAUGGCAAAUGCAAUAGCCUAAAACCAUAAAUCAUCUUUUGAAUCGAGAACUGCAAGUGUAAUAACUUAAACCAUAAAUUAUCAUCAUACCUGUCGUUCAAAAGAAGCCUUGGACAUGGAACUAAACAGAUUUCAGGUGUUUGCCACAAUUUGAAACAUGAAUGAAAGUGGUUCAUAUUUUAUACAUACCUUCAUUAUUAAAGACGAGGAUUAGGAAAAAUAUCAAUAAGCCUACACUUACUGAAUGGUAAUCAGCAGAAUGAGUACUUAUGAGAGGAUGCGAUGCGACGAAUAUUAAAAAGCACAUUCGGACUCCAUAUAUCCAGGAAUUGAAAAGGUUUCUCUCAUAUGUUACUCUUUGGCUCUCGCCAUAACAACAUACUUUCCGGUUAUUCGUUAGGAAGCGUCUCACUCGGUUGGCGCUCGGUCGCGCUCGCACUGGAGUCACAUGUUGCAACGUCACGGCAGUAGUUAGUUACUGUAGUCGAGAGGAAUGAAGCCGUCAUUUCAAGCUGGAGAGCUCUCUCAAUGCGCACUACACCGCCAGCGCUCACCAUGCCAUCCAACUGCUUCAACCCAACUCCAAAGGAUCCGCUCAGUCAUGGGAGUCCAUUACCUCAACCAUGCAAUUUCCACCAUCAAUAAUUUAAUCUAUUUGCUCAAAAGCUGAAGAGACAACUUGCAGCUGCUGCUUGGCGAAUAUCGCAAAAUAGUUACGCGGAGGGCUUACCCAAAACAUCCCAGAUGACACUGUCCUGCUGAAUGGUCUCCUUUACGACUGGACAGUAAAGUUCCAACAGGUUAGAAGAGUGAUGACCAUCCUGUUCGUUACUAUGGUUAUUUCAUACUUCAGUUGCAUGAGAGCUGCGCCCAUGAGAGAGAUCCCGGGCGUGCAGGGGGGCCACCGGGCCGAGGGCUACCUGGGCGCCGCCGCCGCCGCCGCUGCUGCCGUCACCUCGGGCAGCCGAGGCCACGGGACUCCACAGAGUGGGGGCGGGCUGCCCUCGCUCACGGACACUUUCGAGCAGGUGAUUGAGGAGUUGCUUGAGGUGGAAGGGGAGGCGACGCAGCAACUGGGGCCCGGGGCUGACCAGGGCCAAGGAGGGGGCGGUCCCGCAGCCGUGGCAGACUCGAAGGACGUUGACAUGUACGCCUCGCGGGUGAUGAUCAGCAACCAAGUGCCUUUGGAGCCGCCGUUACUCUUUCUCUUGGAGGAAUACAAAAACUACCUGGACGCCGCCAACAUGUCGAUGCGCGUGCGGCGGCACUCGGACCCCGCGCGGCGAGGGGAGCUCAGCGUUUGUGACAGUAUUAGCCAGUGGGUGACGGCUCUGGACAAAAAGACGGCCAUAGACAUGUCGGGCCAGACGGUCACCGUCCUGGAGAAGGUCCCCGUGACUAACGGUCAGCUGAAGCAAUACUUUUACGAGACCAAAUGCAACCCGUUAGGGUACACAAAGGAGGGGUGCCGAGGAAUAGACAAGCGGCACUAUAACUCGCAAUGCCGGACAACCCAGUCUUACGUGCGAGCCCUUACCAUGGAUAGCAAAAGGAAGAUCGGCUGGCGGUUUAUACGGAUAGACACUUCGUGUGUAUGCACAUUGACCAUUAAGAGGGGCAGAUAGUGUACACAAUGUAUAGAUUUUAUUGAGAGUUCUAAAAAAGAGAGAGAAAAGAGAAAAUAUCUAUUUGUAUAUAUACAUAACAGGGUAAAUUAUUCCGUCAGAUGAAAAAUUUUAUGGACUGCAUGUAAAAAAGAUGAAGUUUAUACAGUAAAAGUGAUACUACAGUCUAUUUAUUGAACAUAUUCAUGAUCUUGUAAACAAUUAAAAAAAAGAUCUGAUCAGUCAUUCGCGCCCAGUUCAAAUUACUAUAUCACAUUCCUCAAGACAUUGUGUUUUUUACGUUGCCAAGAUUUUGAGAGAUGAGGAGAGGAGGGGGUGAGGAAGAAUUACAUUCAAGAAAAAAAAAAAACAAGAAAAGGAAAAAAAAAAACUUGCAUGCUGCUUCAAUUGUGAAUUGAGAAACUGUCCACUUUGGGAAAACAAGGAAACGAUUUCCGACCAAAACAUUCCGUUUACAUUCUCAACCGUAACAGGAUUUCCUCCUCUCAGUACUCUGUCUGUUUACUAUCCUCAACUUCUCAAGGUAAUGUUGGAAAUACAUACUAUGUCAAGGUGCUGUUGUCAAAGCUUUGCUGUUUAUUUUUUUAUCCCCACAAGAUGAAAAAAUAUAUAUAAAAUAUAUAUAAAAUUUAUUCAUUGACAUGUGUUCUGGAUUAAUAUAAUUCAUUUUGUAUGUUGUGAAGUUGUUUGCAAUAUUAAAUUGAAAUAUUUGAAGAAAUAAAAUUACUAUAGGCAACUGAAAAACAAAACCAAUGU